AUGAAUGAUCCAGGCCUUGACGAUCCCAUUGCCGAUGCCUCUGCGAUCCUCAAGGAAAAUGUCGAAGACCACCCCCCUGCGUCUCACCACAAUCCCCAGAUGUCCUCACCCCCCCGGCACCCAGAGGCUUCUCCAGAAGAGAGAUACGAUCAAAUGUCGGAAGAAGAGCAAGAGCGGAACUUUCUCAUGCCGGCGCGGUGGUGGUAUGCUUCGACGGGCGUUCCCCUACUAGCGGGUACCUUUGGACCUAUCGCGAAUGCAUUCAGUAUCUGUGCGCUGGUGGAGAAUUGGAGGGUUGAAAUUCCCCCGGGAGGGACAGAGGAGCAUGGAAUCGACAUCAAAGACCCGGCUUGGCUUAUCGCCGUCAAUGCGGUCUCCCUGGCCUUUGCCCUUGUCGCCAACAUGUCCCUCCUCCUUAACAUGGCGCGCCGUGUCCCUUUCAAGAUCGCCCAACCCAUCACGAUACUCGGCUUCUGGAUUGCUUCAGUUCUCCUGAUCGGCUUGGUUGCCGUCGCAUCCUCCGACUUCCAUGCUCCAGGGGUCAAAAGGCAGGCUCUCUCCCAGGCAUAUUACUACGCCAUCUUCGCCGCAGGAUUGUACCAAAUAAUUUCAUACUUGAUGUGUUUUACGGUGUAUGGAGCGUACAAAGGGCAUUACAGUAAGGAGUUCAAACUUACCGUGGCGCAGAGGUCGUUGAUGUUGCAAACCAUCAUGUUCUUGUUGUAUCAGCUAUUAGGGGCGUUAGUGUACUCCCACAUUGAGGGAUGGAAAUUUUUGGACGCGGUGUAUUGGGCAGAAUUCACUUCUCUGACAAUUGGCAUUGGUGAUGACUAUACACCCACGACCCACUUGGGUAGAGGGCUGCUGUUCCCCUUUGCGAUGGGCGGCAUUAUCAUCCUGGGUUUGGUGGUCGGCUCCAUUCGGUCAUUGAUUCUGGAGAGAGGGAAAAAGAAGCUGGCGGCCCGAUUAACGGAGAAGACUCGGAUGCGGUUGCUCAAGGAGGUUGAGCGGAUCAGUAAGAAGAAGAGUCUCUUGAGACGCAAAGGGGCGCUAGGUCUCGAGAAAGACACCACAAAAGCAUUGACCGUGGAGCCAGGGGAUGGGGAGGUGUCCGAGCUGGAGAGGCGGCAGGCCGAGUUUGAGGCCAUGCGGAAAGUCCAGGAGUGGGCUGCUGCAGAGCGCAAGUACAUGAGUUUGCUUAUCUCGACGUUUGCUUUCGCUUUCUUGUGGACGAUUGGGGCAUUGGUCUUCGAACGAACCGAGAGGAACCAGGAGUGGUCGUAUUUUGGUUCACUUUACUUUUCAUAUACGACGCUAUUGACCAUCGGAUAUGGGGAUUUCGAGCCCAUGUCCAACAGUGGCAAGCCUUUUUUUGUCUUCUGGACUCUCCUGGCCGUGCCUACCUUGACCAUCCUCAUCUCCGACAUGGGAGACACCGUGGUCAAGGCUGUCAAAGACGUCACCAUCUGGCUGGGAGAAAUCACUGUGCUCCCCAGCAGUGAAGAUACCAUCGCCAAUCGGCUCAAGCAUGGCGUGUACAAGGCCACUCUUGGGCAACUGGAUCCUCGAUCGCCAGGUUCUCGAGAUGUGGAAAAGGGCUCAGAGACCGGGAGUGAGUCUGGAUACCAGGAACUGCAUCCCGGCCUUGUACGUCUGUUUCGCAAUGGUGGCAAGAAGCACAGGUCUGGAGGAAAUGGCGAAACCCCCGAAGAUAACCUGGCUGCCGACUUUGAGGAGGAGGAGAAACAGGGCGAGUCGGAAGCUAGGGACAAGGGCGAUCGUCCGGAAGAAGAUGCCCAUCACUAUCGCCACGUGCUGAUCUCUCAAAUUCGGAGAGUCUACGCAGAUGCUUCGGCUGCUACGCCCAAGAAGUACAGUUAUGACGAGUGGCAGUACUUCCUCAAAUUGCUAGGAGAAGAUGAAGCAGAUGCCUCAUUCCAUCGGCGAGCCCCCACCCAUGGUGAUAAGGAAAGCGAAGCGCGAGAGGCUGAGGAGAACCACAACGAGGGUGGCAACCUUGACAUUGGGAGACACGGGGCAGCGCGUGGUCGGGAAGGAGAGGGUAACAGCAGCGUCCGGGCCGCCAAAUGGAGCUGGAUAGGAGCGCAGAGUCCAUUGAUGGGAGACAAAGAAGAAGCCGAAUGGCUGCUGGAACGGCUCUUUCAACGGCUGGAAGAGAGUCUUCGCUCCGACACGAUACAGACGGAGAAUGCAAAGCACUACACCAGGGACCUCAAAGAGCAGAAGCGAGGAGACGAGUCUGGCGCUGGCGGCGAGAGAACAAUGUCCCAGCGUCGAGACCCCGACGUCCUGAACCAUUCUUGA